AUGAAUCCCCAGAGCCAGGAGUUUGUGGAGCUCCCCAGGAAACGGUGCUGUGGGAGGGGGACACAGCUCGUCCUGCUGGGGCUGGUGACCGUUGUGCUGUGGGCCGGGCUGCUGACCCUGCUUCUCCUGUGGCACUGGGACACUUUACAGAAUCUGAAACAGCUGGAAGAGACCACUGCCCGGAACGUCUCUCAAGUUUCCAAGGACUCAGAAAGACACCAGAGUGACCAGAUGGCCCAGAAGUCCCAGGCUGCCCAGAUCCUGCAGACCGUGGAGGAACUCCGAGCUGAACAAAAGAGAAUGAAAUCUCAGGACUCUGAGCUGUCCUGGAACCUGGACGGACUUCACGAGUAUCUGAGCAACCUCAAGUCCCAGAGCUUGAACGAGAGGCGCAGAGCCUCAGACUCGCUGGAAAGACUCCAGGAAGAGGUGGCGAAGCUGUGGAUAGAGUUACGGGUGUCAAACGGCUCUCUGUGCAACACGUGCCCCGAGAAGUGGGUCAAUUUCCAACAGAAGUGCUACUACUUUGGUGAGGGCAUCAAGCGGUGGCUCCAUGCCCAGUAUGCCUGCAGUGACAUAGAAGGACGGCUGGUCAGCAUCCAUAGUCCAGAGGAGCAGGACUUUCUGACCAAACAUGCCAACAGAAGGGGCUCGUGGAUUGGCCUUCAUGACGUGGAUGCAGAGGGGGAAUUUAUCUGGAUGGAUGGGAGCGCUGUGGACUACAGCAACUGGCAUCCAGGGGAGCCCAACAACCAUGGCCAGGGCGAGGACUGCGUGAUGAUGCAGGGCUCAGGGCAGUGGAACGACGCCUUCUGCCGCAGCGAGCUGGGUGCCUGGGUGUGCGAGCGGCUGGCCACAUGUGGACCACCCGCCACCUCGGCUUCUGCAGGUCCACCGGGAGGGCCCCCUGCUCACCCCCUCCACGUCCCUCCCGCACCAUGA